AUGAAAUGGAUUCUUAUAAGAAACAACAACAACUUCAACAUCAACAUCAACAACUUCAACAUCAACAACAACAUCAACAACAACAAUUGCAACGACCGCCUGAGCAACAACUACAACAAUAUCAUCUAUGUUUACUACCUCAAAAACAUCAACAUCAACAGCAUCAGCAACAACAAAAUCAACAGCAUCAACAUCAACAACAACAACAACAUCAGCAUCAACAACAACAAUUACAAAACAAGCACAGACAAAAUUCGUUGCUACUGUUUGAGAGUCUGCUGCAAGCUUCAGGCAUCCGAAGCCUGUGAUUGGCUGGUUGAAACGGGCUUUCCCCAAUACGCCCACAUGUACAGAGAUCGCCAAUUUCCAUUGGACUUGCUAAGUGUACAGCGAGACCAUGCAUUCCUUGAUGACAUUUCGUUACAGGCUUUGUAUAAACGCAUUGAGAUCUUGAACAGAUGUGCAACGUUCUACCAUCCGGACGAGCAUGAUUCCAAUAGUUUAUCUGAUUACGACAACGUAUGUGAUGAUGAUGGUGGUGGUGGGGAAGACAAAGAGGAAGAAGAUGACGAUGAUGGUGGUGACGUUAAAAUAAAUAUUGACGGUUGCAAACAGCUUGCGGUUGGGGUGAAUGCAAAUCAUGAACGCAAUGAGGGUGACGACGACGAUGAUGAUGAUGAUGAGAAAAAUAAAAAUAGAGAUAGCGCGAACUCCAUCGAUCUAAACAUCGUUGAAAAUGUAAACGCAAACGUCAACAACUACAACAACAACUACAACUACUACAACCGAAAUAACAACGAUAAUAAUCACAACAACAACAACAACAACUCCAACGUCAUAAGCAGCAGCAACAACAACAUAAAAAACAACUUCAGCAAUUACAUCAAAAACAACCUCAGCAGCAACAACAACAACAACAAAAACACUAAAUACGAUGACGACAACAACAAAUCAUUCGCUCUCAGCCGGAAAUGGAUUUAUGAUGCGAAGAAACAGAGGUGGUCGAGAACUUACAGCGAUCACGUAACGGAGCACAUCCACAACGACCCGAAUAUGUCCGUCAACCCACUUGAAACUUCCAAACAAACCGUUGAUUGUUGUAUCAGUCGUACCGACCCGAAUAUCGUACCGACUGCCGACUUAUUUUACUCGAAAGAUCAAUCGAAAUGCAUUUCAGUUGAAGAUAAACCAAAUUUGAUCAUCAAGAAUUCUCAUUCAAUUGACAGUAUCGACAAUACCGAACUCGACGAUACGAUAUCGCAAGGCUCCGACCGAACUCCGAUGCACGAUUCCAUGAUGACCGUUACUACAAAUACCGACGAUUUUCUAAGCUGCGAAAAUCUGUCCAAGUUUUCUUCAUCAGCUGACGACUACAUAAACGAUGAGGAAUGCGAAUUUCGCAAAACUUUAUUAUUCUUAGAACAUUUCCACCAGAACCAUCCAGUUCUGAAUGUUGAGCAUGAAAACAAUGGUGACAUCAUCCUCAAUUUUAUUACACCUACCACAACAAAUACUACAAUUACUACAGAUAGUAAUGUAAAUAUUACCACUGCUACAACUGUCAUGACUACUACGGCUUCUAGCCACAGGAUAACUAACGACAACGACAACGACGACGGCGGCUUAAGCAGCUUCGUACGUUCAAAAAAUUACUUAGAUGUUUUCGAUUCACUGUACAGUUUGUCAGACAGUCUCACAAACACGCCUGACUGCAGCGCAAGUGCCAUCAUCAACCUCAACAAAUCUCUACCGUCCCCAAUCGAGUUGGAACUCAAUCAUUCAGCCCUGCAUUGUAGAAGGAGAAAACAUGAUCGUAAUAACAGUACCAAUACUACUGCUGCUACUAGUUCUACUACAAAUACUGCUAAUGCUACUACUAACACUUUUGUUAGUACUUUAACUAUUGAUGACUUGGGUAAUAAAAAAGGUAGUAGCAGUAUAAGAUACAGGAAGUAUAGUGGCGAUGAUCAUACUUUCAAUACUUACACUGCUCCAACUGGUAAAUUUACUAUUACUACUGCUAUUGUUGGCGAUACUUUUAAUUGUAUUUCUGAUACUGCUAGAGUUACAAGCUCUAUUACUAGGUCGACUCUAACUCCGCCAAGUAAAAAAUUUUUAGUAAAGAGUGAAUCGUUGAAGAAUGAUGCGAGUGAAAAAUUAACCUCAGACAGCUGUCUGAUUAUCGAAAAUUACAGGAUCGUUAAUAGACAAACAAUUUUGUGUAAUAAUAAAACUAAUAAUAAUAAUAACAAUAAUAAUAAAGUUCGGAAUAAUACUGAUGAAUUCGAAAAUGAACUUUUUGAGAAAAGUGCCAAUGUCGGGACGAAACUCUCAUCGCGGGCAUCAUCUUCACCAUCACAGUCGUCCACUCCAUCAUCUACUUUGCUUCUCUCCAUUAACGAAAAUGCUGUUGACGAUGUUGACAAUGCUGGCAGUGUUGAGGUUGGAGAUGGGGCUGAUAAAUUGAGUGCUACUGCUGCUGCUACUACUACUACUGCUGCUGCUGCUGAAGAAGAUAAAGAUGAUGGUAAUGGUGAUGACGAAUUUUUUUUCAAUAGAUGCAUUCCGUUAUUUCAUUCGCAACGUAGGCAGUUUGCGCAACAAGCGCCGGGCAAACAACAACAAAGAUUUCAACAACAACAAUUUGAGCAACAACUAUUUCACCAGGAAUCGUCGCCGCAACAAAAACAACAAUCAAACGAGCAACAAAAGACACCUAAAAUGUUUCGGAAGCUGUUUAAAAUGGACCAAGAUCAACAACAACAACACAAACAUCAGCAACAACAUCAACAACAACAACUUCAACAGCAGCAGCAACAGCAGCAGCAGCAACUUCAAUCGCCAUCGACACCAACUACGCCACAAACCACACCAAAAUUCAAAAGUCCUUUCAUCCGAAUGCUCAACAACGCUUCAACAUCCGUCCGUCGUUCACUUAGACUCAAAAACGUCAGAAAAUCCGAUGACGUCAUGUUAAUUUCCAAUAAUAGAAUCAACUCUCCAGACCGGAAGUCAGAUGACGUAAGAAUAAUUACUAAAAAUAGAAUCAGCUCCCCGAAUAGCGAUCAAAUAUCGCCAGAGUUAAGGGCUAAGGUUGAUCUUUUAAAAUGUGUUGACAUUGUUCCAAGCAUGCAAGAUCGAAGAAAUAAUCCGAAUGAUGAUGUUGUUGAUGAUAAUGUUGGGAGACAUUUUGUGAGUGAAGGAGAUGGUAGAAAAGAUGCUACUACUACGGCUGCUGCUGCUGCAACUACUGCAGCUGUUACUACUACUGCUGCUAUCAUUACUACUACUGGCCACAAUAAGGAUAAUAAUGGUGAUGAUAUUAAUGACGAUGACGUCAUUUGUGAAAAAAGAUCAUUUAAAAAAUUUCAAUUCAUCAGCAACAUUCUUACCAAAAAAAGCGUUAAGUUGAGGAAGACCACUAUUAAAAAACUUAACAACAUGUACAUCGAGAAAUCAGAUUUGUCAGCAUCAUUACCAACACCACCAGUUCAACAACCAUCACCAUCGUCACAGCCACAGCCAUUAUCAUCCUUAUCGUCAUCAUCUUUGUUGUUCAAAUCGGCUAAUGGUAAUGAGGAUCCCUUUGACGAAAUACUUGAUGAUUUAUACAAGAAUAUAUACUUGUUAGAUGAAACAUUGAAUAGCAGUACUACAACUUCUGUCGCUACUACAAGUACCACAAGUUCUAGAAGAAAGAAUCUUAGUAAUGAUGACGGUGAUGAUGAUCAUCAUCACCGUUGUCUCGGAGGAUAUGAUGACGACGACGAUGAUGAUUAUGAUUCUCGGAGUGUUAUCAGUUUGAGCGGUAAUCUGACAACACCAUCAUCUAGUAGCGAAUCGCACAACGACUUUAUACUCAAUGUCAACUACAACGAAAACAACAACAACAUCAACAACAACAACAUCAACAACAACAUCAACAACAACAACAUCAACAGUAACUCAUUAUCAACUUUUACUACCACCACAAUUACCAACAACAUCAGUUCUCUUAACACUAAAUCCGCCGAUGGUAAUGCUUUUAAUAGUACUAUGAAAAACAUUACUGCUACUACUACUGCGGUUGCUGCUACUACAACUACUUCUACGACUACUGCUGCUACUACUACCACUACUACUACUACUACUACUACUAAUAAUAAUAAUAAUAAUAAUAAUAAUGAUAAUAGUAAUAAUAAUACAGCUGCGAUUCGCCGUAUGGCAUAUAAGAAAGCUCCAAUUGCGUCAUUGGAUAACACUGAGAAUAUUUAUGACGACAACGGAAAUGACGUCAUCGUCAACAACAGCAACAACAACAAUAUUAACCAAAACAACAACAGCAACAACAACAACAACAAUAUAAACGUCAACGUUAAUGUUAAUGAUAAUAAUGACAUCAUCAUCUUCAAUAAGAAUGCUAAAGCAGACGUUGAAAUAUCGGCUGUCUCUAUAAACAACAAAAUCAACAACAACAAUAAUAAUAACAAAAAUAACAAUACUAAUAAUAAUAAGAAAGACGAUGAUGAUGACGAUGACGGCUGGGUUUUUCCGGAUAAUAAUAGCUCUCUGGAUGACUCUAAAGAAAGAAGAGAUUCUGGCGUUGGUUCCUCCCUAACUAGGAGGCCAUCUAAUCGACGUACGGUAAGAUGGCAAAGUUUCGCCACUGGACCCCCCAAUCUGCCAAACAAGUACAGAAUGCCUAACAACAGUCUGAGCCAUCUGGACGUUAGGCAGGUCGCCAUCUUGGAAAAGUACUGCCUGCUUAGGAUCGUAUCAAUACUGGAAAACUAUAGAGCCAUAGACCGGAAAAUGUGGAAGAGGCGGUCGAUAAAUGAGUGCGAGGGAAUUUUCCGGAAAUCCGGUGUAAAGUCCCGGGUACAGCAGUUAAAGAGGGACGUCCUUGUUAAUCCUGAUUCGGUAGAUUACGAUGCAGUAUCGGUGCAUGACUUGGCGGAUCUGCUGAAACUUUUCCUGAAAGAACUUCCCGAAUGCCUCCUUACGAAGAAAAUGUCAAAAAUUCUUAUCACCGUCUUCAAAACAGCAGCUGCUCCAGCGGCUUCACAAGCAGCUAAGAAACAUCAACAGCUGUAUCGAAAAUACAUGGAGCAGCAGAAAUACGUUUACGAUUGUCUCGCCUAUCUCAUUGAAAAGGCCCCUGAAAUAUUUGACAACUAUCAGCUCCUAUUUGAAAAAAGUCAAAUACUCGCAAGUACACCGUCAAAUGAAUCACCUCAGUGCUCGGCUAAAAAUAAUAACAAUAAUAACAACAACAAUAACAACAACAUUAAUAAUAAUAACAUUAGAAAUAUAGAAACCUCAAAUUCUCACGGCUUAAUCAUCGACAGCAGCAAAAUCAGAAGUAGCGGUCGAUUACGAAGACGAUCAUUCAGAAAUAACAACAACAACAAUAAUAAUAAUAACAACAACAAUAAUAAUACAACAACAACAACAACAACAUCCUCAACAACAACAACAAAUACAUCACAUAGCAACAGCAACAACAACAACAACGCAAUCACCAACUACAGCGGUUAUAUGUACAUCAGUGAGAGGAUCGACAGACGUUACACUUCAGACUUAUGCGCCGCUCACCUCGGGAACAUUUUUGAAUUUGUCCUAAGGGAAGUUAAACCGAACAGCAAGGGUUGGACUCAUUCCCAGCCAAUUACAUACCCUCAAAAACAAUCAUCAUCAUCACUGUCCUCCCCCCUAUCCUCAUCAUCAACGCCGCUAUCAUUAUCAUCGCCUCCCCUGGCGACAGGAUCAUCAUCAACACCAGCCGCAGCGAUGACGUCAUCCUUGCCGCCAUUACAGCUAACACCGGCUUCGCCAACUUCACCCACGUUAAAUGUCAUCGAAGUUUCCUAUAAAAAAAAUCCGGACUGCAACAAACUACUGAAAAUAUGGAAAGCCAGCAUCGUUAUAGAAGCGCCACCGUCUGAGAUACUGAACCGGAUUUUGAGGGAUAGAGCCAGUUGGGAUAGGGACAUUUUGAAGUGGAGGCUGCUGGAAAAGGUGGAUUCGAAUGUUGAGGUCUUUCAGUACGUGAUCAACGACAUGACGCCCCACCCUAGCAAGCUGUUCACGGAGUUGAGAUCUUGGAGAACGGACCCAGUCAAUCAAACGUGUGUAUUGGUCUGUCAGUCGGCAGAACAUUCCAGAAUGCUUUCGUCAUCAUCUACGUCAUCAUCAUCGCUGGUAGCCGCCGAGGUUCUCGCUUCACACUACUACAUAGAGCCCUGUGGUUCUGGCAGAUCGAAAGUGAUAAUGUUGAGUUGUAUUGAUUAUAAAGGUCACAGCGUUCACUGGUACGAUCACAUGUUUGGUCAUGUAUGUGCAUUCCAACUAUUCCGACUGGCUGCUGUUUUCACUAAUUCCCUAAUCAAAGGAAGAGGGAUUAGAGAGAGCAAAGUUUAAAAGUGAACUUUUUAAAGGGUAUAUAACGAUUAAGUGGUCCAUCCUCAAUUUUAUUAUUCAUUUAUUUAUUCAUCUGUUGAUCCAUCCAUUCAACCAUUCUAUCAUUCAUUCAUUUUUUGACCGUUUAUCCAUUUAUUCGAUCAUUUAUUCACUCAGAUUUUUCUUCCUUCAUUCUAUCUCAUCAGUUAGAAUAGAUAUAAAGAACUUUAUGUUAUACAUAUAUUUAGGCUAAUUAAGCUAUGUUAAACAAAAUAAUAGUAACAAAAAUAUUCUUCUUGAUAUUAUUAAUAUUAUUGCAAUUAUUAUGAUCAUUAAUGAAUAUAUAUAUAUGAAUUUACAUAUAUGCAAACGAUUCGUCAUAGUAAAAAUCCUGUAUAUUUUCUUAACCUUUAAACUUUAUCAACUGUAACAAUAAUAUUGAAAAUAAUGAGAGGAAUAAUUAAAAUUAUUAAUAUAUUAUUAUUAUUAUUAUUAUUCUUUCUCGUGCCUUAUCCUUUCAGAAUCAAAACCCAAUCUUUAACACUUUGUAGUAAUUGAAAUAUGGUGAUAUGUGGCGAUAUUCAACAAGUGACACAAGAACUUCAAGAAUGUUAUUCAUUGUUAACUGCGAUCUCUUUUCCCUGCAAUCUGUCCAGUAGUUGUUAGAUUUUCCAUUCUUUCCUUCCGCAUGAUGUGACCAAAAAACUCUAACUGCCCCCGUCGGAUUAUCUGUAGUAAUUUCCUCUUUUCAUUACCGACUUGUCAUCCUAUUACCGACUUUCAUUGCUGCUCUUUGUU